AUGUCUGAAAAAUGUCUCUUAAUGACAUCUCUAGCAAUUCUUGCUUGUCAUCCAAGUUCUACAAUUAGAUGCUUCAAGCCAAAUCCAAGUUCAACUAAUUCUCCAAAAAGAGAAAAAAAUCCUUCAAAUCCACUUGAAAACAAAGGGAUUUCAAAAUCAAGAAAGAGGUUAAAUUUCAAAUCUUGUUCCAACAUUUGUGACUUUCCAAGAUUGAAUGUGCACAAACCGCUUAAGCUCUUAGACGAGAUUGUUGAAGGGAAUCAUUCAAAAACCAUAGUGGAAGCGAUUUUUCGCUCGGGAUGGAAGCAUGGAGUUGGAUACAAAAUUGAAAAAAUCUUGAAAGUGAAUCAUAGCGAAAAGAUUAGUGAAAAUUUUGAAGAAUGCAAGAAGAUGGUGACGAAUUCAAGAUCCACGAGAAGUUCAAGUAAAAGACAAGUAGAGAGAGUUUUCUACUAUGGUGCAACGGUUACUUGUUCGUUAGGCCUUGACAAGUCUCCAAGAAUUUGUAGCAAGAAAACAUGUGGUGUGUGCAAAAUCAUAGGCCAAUAUUAUGGAAUUCAUGAGAAAACUAAUUGGUUUGAAUCAUUUUCUACUAGUAGUUGGAGUGCACAUAGAAAAGUUGUUAAGCAAUUUGGAGAUGGAGUUUCAAAGAAGGCCAUUAUAGUUUCAAGGGUGAUUGGAAAAUUGAGAGGAGAAAACAAUGGAGAGGUUAUUAUUUUGAAUCCAAGGGCUAUAUUGCCUUGCUUUGUUAUCAUAUAUAGCUUUUCUUAA